AUGGCGCACGGACUGCGGCGGGCACUAAUGCCCUUGAAGCACCUGGGUGCGCAGUCAAUGCCAAGCUCGCCGCACACCAAGCUCGCCACAGCGUCACAGCCAGUGACACCUAUACCAGUGACUGCAAGCAGCACCGAGUCGUCGAUGUCGCCGGACACCACUCGCGAGGAGCAGUGGUCGGAGCAAGGUGCGCUGGCAGUGGCAAUGGCCGAGAAGCGCCGCUUGCCACCGCCACUGCCGACGGAGACUCUGGCAGUGCAGGGAAUGAUAGACGGGCUGAUGGACCUGCCGGACCGCGUGGACUGCGGACUGGUGGAUGUGUCGCAGAUGCGGCGGCGGCUGGGCGUCGGGCCGAAGCGGCGCGAGGAGUGCCAGGUGUACUAUGAGGUGUUUGGGAGUGGGCCUAGGCGGCUGCUGUUGCUGAUGGGCAUGCUGGGCAGCACCAUGUUCUGGCGGCUGCAGACCCGGUAUUUUGCGCACCUGGGCGACUACACUGUGUGUGUGUUCGACAACCGCGGCAGCGGGCGCACCACACUGGCCAGUGGGCCGUACCGGAUCACGCAGAUGGCCCGGGACGCAAUGCAGGUGAUGGAACAUCUGGGGUGGCAUGAUAAUGUGCAUUUGGUGGGCGUGUCGAUGGGUGGCAUGAUUGCACAGGAGCUGUGUCUGAUGAAUGACCGGGAAGACCGGUAUGCGUCGGUGGCGCUGGUGGAUACGUGGCAUAGCGCAUCGAUGGCGCUGCCGACGGCCAAGGAAGUCAAAUUUGCAUUCAAUGGCAUGGCGGCACUGGGCAGCGACCCCGGCCAUCUGAUCGACCUGGUGUUUUCGCGCGACUGGGCGCAGGCGCCGUUCCGCGAUCCGCUCGGCUCAGAGGCUGUGGGCUGCGAUCUAACAAACCGCCAGAUGCUGCGGACGCUGUUUGCACGCAUCGAGUCCGACUUGGCCGAGUACCGCACAGCCUCGCCGCCCAAAACCGCUCAUGCCACUACAUCAGUCAGCACCGAGUCGCCAGAGCCGCCCAGAUUCCCGCAUACGCAGUCCUCGCCGAUAAUCGGCACAGUGCAGAUGACCCGGCAUGGCACACAGAGCACCCCAGGCACCGACCAGAAGCGCGAGACCUCGGGCGACCUGCACCAGUUCAUGGCCUGCCUGGGCCACCGGCUGACGCCCGCGCGCGUGCGCCGCAUUCAGACGCAGAACCCAGCGACGCGCUUCCUGGUGAUCCACGGGCGGAAGGAUCGCGUGAUCCGGCCGGUCUGCGGCCGCACAUUGGCGAAGCUGCUGGGCUGCCCGCUGGUGUGGCUCGAGGGCGCCGGCCACAUGCCGCUGAUUGACGCCCACUGCUCGUUCAACCUGGUGGUGCGUGCGUUUACACGGCACGAGCCGUGGCUCGAUGAGCUGCCGGACCGGACACGCAUUGCACCGGCGCCUUGGCACGAGCAAGUCAGAGUGCGUGAGUGGAUGGGCAGGCCCGUGGGCGAGAUUGCGCUGGAGGGCAUGGAGCAGGUAAGGCUGGCGUGCAGGUCGCCGCCGACCAGCCCCGGGCCUCGCAAGUCCACCGUGGACCGCAUCGAGCCGGUGGGCGAGCUGGCCCAGGAGCUGAUCCUCGUCGAUGAUCGUGAUCUUGCCCAUGACUCCAAGAUCGUCGGCCCACAUGACGCAGGUGAUGCCGAUACUUGUGGAUUCGUCAUCUACGGCUCGCUGCUCGAUGCCCCGCUGCGAAUGCGACGGUACACCACCACCAGCUGA